GUUCCUUUCAAUACGAUUUAUUUUAUUCGCUAAGAGUAUUUUGAAGUGGAUAGGCUGUUAAUUGAGGACUUCUCUCGCCUCUUCUGUAAAAUUAUUAUUUUUAAAAAAUCAUUCAAAACUCUUCGGAAGCUUAAAUUGCUAAGUGCAUCUAUAAAAAAAAUACAAAAAUAAUUGAAAAGUAUUUUUUUGAUGAGUGGAUCAAUAUCAUGUGCAGUCAACAAGUGGAUAAUUUAAGUACUCAAGUAGAUUUUGUGAAUGUUGACGCUGAAUAUGAGCCAUCAUUUCAACUCAUUCCGCCGUUUGGUGAAUACGACUACAAAGAAAUAAUCGAUAAAAAUCCACAACGCUCUUCCGGAUUUCACAUUAGUGACAUUCUACAACUAAACAGUCAAGAAGCAAAUCCGGAAAUUCCAAAACCACGAUCAUCUUUAGAUUAUUCAAUCUAUAACUAUAAUGACUAUCCGUCAAGACAGCAUUAUUAUUCAUCAUAUCCACAUCACCACCUUCCGUCAGCAAUUUCGUCAUUUGAAAGUGAUCUUCCAUUUUAUAACACAACUUUUAAUUCAGCACCCUCAACAUUUAAUGGAAAUAUUUAUUUCACGUCUGACACUACAAACAGUCCUUAUCCUGCGAAUCAAAUGCAAAUGAUAUCACCAAACUUACCUAAUCGAUUUAUUGUGAAUGAUUCAAAUAACAAUAAUUACGGUCCAUACUACGAUCAGCCAUACCAUCCUCAUCAUCACCACCAUUUAAGCUCUCAUCAUCACCAAAAUUCGAUGCCACAAACGAGUCCAGACUCGACAAGUCCACUUAUGAAUUCAGAUUCUAAUUACCUUUCACUUCCAAUCACAAAAGGCCACACAUUUAGUUCAAAUAGUUCACCAGAAGUAGGUCCAAAAGAGACAAAAUACACGACAUUAAGUUCAGUGUCGCCAAUUACACCAACCACAAUUCAAUCUGCUAAAAGCGAGAGUUUUACAAAUCAAUCAGAUGUUGAUGUUGCUGAAAAGGAAAAUAAUGAUCAUUUAAGUAUGGAUGAAAGUGUCGGAAGCAUGGAUGAGCUUCAUGAUGAUACAAAUCAUUCAAAUAGUCAAAAUGAGAUACAAAAUCAGAAUGAAAAGAAGCGAAAACGCCGAGUUUUGUUCACAAAGUCACAAACUUUCGAGCUUGAAAGACGUUUUAGACAACAAAGAUAUUUAUCAGCAGCAGAGCGUGAGCAUCUUGCACAACUCAUAGGACUAUCACCAACUCAGGUGAAGAUUUGGUUCCAAAAUCAUCGUUAUAAGACAAAACGUGCAACUCAUGAUAAGUCCCCAACUGCAAACUGCUUUCAGCCACAAAGACUUCCAUCACCAAGUUCCUUAAAAAGAAUUCAUGUGCCUGUAUUAAUUGCUGAUGGAAAGCCAGUAACUGGUGCACAGUUAAUGAGUGAAAAUCCAAGUUUUAAUGGCCAAACGAAUCCUAAUAAUGUAAAUUCACAAAAAUGGUGGCAGGUAUAGGCCUAGAUUAUUUAUUAUUACUAUUUUUACACCAAAGACAAUUUAUUCGAGUUGAAUUAUAAAAAAAAAAAAACCUUUUUAUUUUGAUAAUUUAUUGAAAAAUGAUGCAAAUGAUUAAAAAAAUAAAACUUAAUAAACCAAAUAAAAUCAAAAAAUCUAAAAUUGAAGAUAAUGCA